AUGGCCAAACACUCACUGCUGCUGCUGCUGGCCGUGUGGGUGCUGGCCAGGGGGCUGUGGCUGGAAGCCGAAGCCCGGGGAGCACCCUAUGGGGUGAAGCUUUGCGGCCGGGAAUUCAUCCGAGCGGUCAUCUUCACCUGCGGAGGCUCCCGAUGGCGGCGGUCGGACAACCUGGCCCAGGAAGCGAUGGGGGAUGCCUUCCCAGACCCUGGCCCCUAUGCAGACCGCCCGCUGGAAGAGGCAGCAGGCCCCAGGGACUGGCUGGUCCUGGCCAAGCGCCCCCAGGCUCUCUAUGGCGGCCAGCCCGGCUGGCAGGAGACCCCAGGAGCUCUGCGUGGCAGCCGAGAUGUCCUGGCUGGUCUCUCCAGCAACUGCUGCAAGUGGGGUUGCAGCAAGAGUGAGAUCAGCAGACUCUGCUAG